GCUGUCGAAGGCACAUACAUUGAUAAGAAAUGUCCAUUUACUGGUAACGUGAGCAUCCGAGGACGUAUUCUGUCAGGUGUUGUUAUGAAGAUGAAGAUGCAAAGGACUAUUGUAAUCCGUAGAGAUUAUCUGCACUUUGUGAAAAAAUACCAGAGAUUUGAGAAGAGACAUAAAAAUAUGUCUGUACAUCUUAGUCCAUGUUUUAGGGACGUAGUGCCUGGUGAUGUUGUAACUGUUGGAGAAUGCCGACCACUCAGUAAGACCGUCAGAUUCAACGUUCUCAAGGUCUCCAAAGCAGCAGGAUCUAAAAAAGGAUUCAAGAAAUUCUAAAUGCUGUGUAAAUAAAAGAAAAUAAAUGAAAAAAAAAAUCAAA